AUGAACACUGUGUUUAACAGUCAAAACCAAAGUACUGCAGAACGUCUUGAAGACUACGUUGCUGCACUGCACACACUGUCAAAGACUUGCAACUUUUGUGAAUGUAUGAGAGACAGUCUAAUGAGAGACUGCAUCGUUCUUGGUAUUACUGACAAUGCUACAAGAAAACGUCUGCUUCAAGAAUCGGGUCUAAACCUCACUACAUGUAUUGAUAUUUGUCGAUGUGCUGAACCUACAUCAUCUCAACUGCGAUCCAUUGGAUGUGAAGAAAUGUCUGCCCAUGCAAUCACAAGUCACUCAUCAGGAGGAAAGUUAAAGCCCAAAUGCAAGUUCUGCGGGAAAACUCAUCAUUUUAAGAAAUCACUUUGCCCUGCUUGGGGAAAAAUGUGCAAAAUGUGUAAAAAGAAGAAUCAUUUCGCAGAGAAAUGUCCUAUGAAACGAGAAUGUAAGAAUAUCCAUCUGCUGGAGAAUAUUCAGAUUAAUUCUGAUUCUGAACAACUUCUCUCAGUAACAGACAGACAACAGAAAAUAAUUAAGGCAAAUAUGCUGAUCAACGAGAAACCUGUCAAAUUCCAGAUAGACUGUGGUGCAUCUGUGAACGUCAUUCCUGAAAAGUAUAAUAUCAAAGAUACUUCUACUCUUAUCUCGUGUAAGACGUCACUUCAUAUGUGGAACAAGACAAUUCUACAGCCGAAAAAGGGAAGACAAGAAUAA